AUGCUGAGGAUCUCACGCAAGCAGUCCACGAAAACCACGCUGAUUGAUGAAGAAACCAUCUCAGGCUACAAGUCCACCAACUACUACCCGAUCAACGUGGGAGAUACCAUCUGCGAUGAUUACAAAAUCAAGGCGAAGCUGGGCUAUGGCAGGGACUCCACGGUAUGGCUAUGCACCAACAAAUCACAGUCCUUCAAGACGCUCAAAGUUUCCACUGCUGGCAAGGCUCAGUGUCGGGAGACGCGGGUCAUUGAGCAUCUGGUCGAUACCUUGGCGACUUCGGAGCAUCAAGGCAAGUACUGUGUGCGAUGGCCCGAAGACAUAUUCAACAUAGACUCUGCAGACGAAGAACGCCACCAUGAAUGUUUCGUGUUCGAGCCUCUGGGACCGAGCCUACUGGAGUUCAUGGAAGGCAGAGAAAACAAGACCUUUCACAUUGCCGAAGUGCGAUGGAUGGCCAUCUACUUCUUGAACGCGCUCGACUUCCUCCACACCCACGAAGUCGUGCAUGCUGAUCUGAAGCUGGACAACAUCUUGCUCACUCUUCCGUCGAAUCGAUCCGCGAUACUGAACAAGUUGGUCACGGCUGAAAAGCUAUCUCCAAGCUUUGCGAAGAUCACAGCAGGUGGGCAUCCUGUCGUCCAGUCCCGAGAGAUGAAUCAGAGCGAUUUCACCUUUCCCAUCCUUUGCGACCUGGGAUCGGCCGUACUUGGCCGCCCACCUCAUGAGGGUCUCGCCCAGGGGUUGCCUUACCGCGCUCCGGAAGUCAUUCUCGAGGGCCACUGGAACGAGAAGAUCGAUGUCUGGAGCAUGGGUGUCAUCAUCCUCGAAUUGAUGAUCGAUCAACGAUUGUUCGGGGAUAGCACCGAGGAGUAUGCACUACAGUCGAUGGUGCGUUGGCUAAGUUCUCCACCGGUCGCGCUCCUGGAUCGAUGUACACGCGCGGACCAAUUCUUCGACAAAUCCGGGCGCUGGAAACACGGUGAGAUCGCACAUGAGAAGCUUGAAGAUCGAAUAGAGAUCGAGCCAGAAAUGCCGCAACUUUUCGAUUUCAUCCGAAGCAUGCUGAAAUGGGAUCCCGACGAACGGUGGUCAGCUUCGGAACUGCUGAAGCAUCCUUGGUUGCAGGAUUGA